AUGCGAGAACAAGAAAAAUAUCGCAAAGACCCUCAUUACAAAAGAUACGUUCAACAGGUCGAAAGGCAUUUGCAAUCCUUCGAUAAAGAAGUCAAUGAAUGGGCCGAUUUCAUAUCAUUUCUGGGAAAGCUUUUAAAGGCCUUUCAAGCAUAUCCUCAAAUUCCCGUAAUUCCUCGAAAGCUUUUGGUCGCAAAACGACUUGCUCAGUCCUUAAAUCCUGGAUUACCCCCAGGCGUGCAUGAAAAAGCCUUGGAAGUUUAUGAAUACAUUUUUAAAAGUAUAGGGAGCGAACAAUUAACAGAGGAUUUGCCCAUUUACUCCCAAGGGUUAUUUCCAUUUUUUCAAUAUGCUGCCAUGUCAGUUAAGCCCCAAUUAAUAGGACUAUAUGAACAAUACAUGUUUCCGCUAAAAGAAAAACUACGUCCAGUCAUGAAAGCUUUUAUUAUUGCUUUGUUACCUGGGCUUGAAGAGGAAGGGAGUGAAUUCUUUGAUAAAGUUUUGUCUCUUCUCGAUUAUUUAUCUGGAAUCGUUGAAAAGUCUUAUUUUCUUCAAAGCAUGUGGCUUGUAUUAAUUACUUGUCCUGCUUUGCGAACGCCGGCACUAAACAUAACAUCUAUGCGAAUUAAAGAUGUAGCUGUGGAUUUAGGUGACGAUGUUGGAAUCAUGGUUCGCGCAUUUUCUGCCACAUUAGGUGACAAACAGGUUUUAGUUCAACGGGCUAUACUUGAAUUACUUGUGGUCAAUUUCCCGUUGAAAGUUGAUAAUUUUGGAGAUAUUAUGCAAAAAGACGAUCUUAUACUACUAAUGAAAUCUGCCACGUCAGUGGUUCUGCGAAAAGAUAUGUCGUUAAACAGAAGACUUUAUGCAUGGCUCUUAGGACCUGGCGAACAUAUAGAACAACAAAUUGAGCAUUUUCAGGCAUAUGCAAAAUCUGCUGUAGUUUCCGCACUGAAGGGCUCUUUUUUUAUGAAUGUGGACGAUUUGGUUAAUGCUCAACGACCAUAUAAGAUCUUGAUCUCAUUGAUGGAUAAAUGGGAGAUCGGACAACCGAUCGUCCAAGAAUUAUUUAUUGAUGUUUUAUGGUCACUAAAAAAGCAUGUUGAUAAAUCAGAAUUCGGCGUGGAUUUAUUACAAACUGCAAAUAUGUUUAUGGAAAUGAUCGAACCUUAUCUAAUUUGGAUGAAAUUAUAUGGCCUUCUCGAUAAAUUUUCGUCCAAGGACGGGCUAGACACUGCAGCGUUAGAUUUAGUCGAGUUUGUCUUGAAUUCAUUUAAAUUGCAUGAAGAAGAAAUCGAACAAAUUCAUUUACCAUUGUUUUUGACUGCUCUGCUCUGUAAACUUCAAAGCUUUGCGAAUGAUUCAAAAUUUUCUGCAAAUAUUUCACAAGUUGAAACUGCCUUAAAACUAGCGUUAGAUAUAUUCCAAAAAAUUCCGAAUAGUGUCUUUAAUUAUCGUGUUCAAAAAUCGGCAACGGAGAGACGUAACUCUAUCAUUAAACCAGAGUCACAACUGGAAAAUAAUACUGGUUCUUCAAAUGAAGACAUUCCAACAUCAUCAUCGUCACAAGUGGACUUGGAUUUCAUUUCUGGAAUGGACCCUGUAAAGUAUAUUAAUGAUUUUUAUUUAUAUGGAAGUGAAAAUAUUGCAAACAAAGAAUUUAGUGGAAUACGAGGGCGACUUUUGGCUGAAGAAUUGUUAAAGACUUUACAAGGGUUUUUAAAUUGUGUAAUUACCCAAUAUAUACUUCCCAAGAAUGAUGAUAAUAAGGAAACGACUCCAGGAUCUUUUGCUGUGAUAAUGGAUCGUGCCUGCGGACUUUUAAGAGCUGUUUCGAUGAAACUUUAUCAUAUUGAGCGUGAUACUAAAGAAUAUGAAGCAGCAGCAUCGAAAUUAUAUACCGGAGAAUGGGUCAAUUCAUUAUUGAAAUGCUGUUACAUGGUCGAACAUUUUGACAUAAUUGAUUCGGCACUUUCGACCCUUCUUGAUCUUAUAAUUGGUAGGCGACUCAUUUUACCCUGCUUGUUAGACUCCAAACAACAAAUUCGAGACAUUGUUGAUACAUUAUGGCGUUUUUUGGGCCCUCAUUAUAAUGUGUUGCAUUUGCGUUCAUCUCAACUUAUUUGGAAGCUCAAAGAUGUAUCUCACGCAAAUUAUGUAGAGGCGGUAAUAUCAGAGUACUUGAUACAAAAAGAUACAUCGAUUAGACUAGCAAAUUUUGAGCGGUUUGGAAUUUUUUGGAUGCUUUCUGCGGAAUUUUAUGAUACAGAUGCAGCUUUCUCUCAGCAAAUGUUUUUGGUAUUGGAUUCCUUACGUGACGAAAACCCUUCCACCCGCCGAGCAGGUGAAACUUGGAUGAGAUGGAAUCGCACUAAUAAAUCUUAUAUUAGAAUUUUACAACCCAUAGUCAGGAUUCUAUGUGAUUCUAAAAUUAUUCGUAAAAAUUUAGAAUUACAAAUAGAUGAUGGAACAUUUGACGUUGUUCAUUAUGAGAAGCCCUUUAAUCAAGCCCAAGUAGAUUAUGUUUUUCAGACAUUGUCUACAAUGUGUCGAGUUGGUGGGAGAGCAUUUUUAAACGCAAUACACAUCUCACCCGUUAAGGCUGAGUUAGUUAAUUCUUGCACCUGGCUUUUCCGAGGCAAUGAGAAUUCAUCGAGCACUAUGUCAUACAGUGAACUUUUUAUUAAGAUUGCAUUGCUAUAUAUAGAAUCUGAAGUAUUAGAUACUUCUUCUUCAAUGAAUAUAUUAAAUCAACAGAUCCAUUUGCAUGCUUCUGAGUUCCUUCUUUAUUUAAUAGAAAAUCCUGAAUUUGUUAAUAACGAAAUUGUUUAUUUAGUCCAUGAAGCUGUCUUGCGCAAACUACUCUAUUGUAUCUAUGCAAAACACCUGGAUUUACAAGCAAAGCUUUUACCAUUAUUGCGAUCAACUAUCAUAAAUUUAGGCCCAUUAAAUGAAAAUUUUGUAAAUGGCUCACCUUUAAUAAAGAAGAUAACAACGGAGCAAUAUUAUUCAAGUUCUCCGACUGGUUAUAAUAGCUCUGAUGCGAAGGAUGAAGCUACUAGUGACUUAAAACAUCUCCGUGUGUUAGCACUUCACAUUUCGCAGGUUUUUACUAUGGCAUUGUCGAAACUUUCAAACCGACCUCUUUUACAGGAAUGGAUGGAUCUUAUCGAAAUGUCUAUACCUUAUUUCCGACAGUCAUUCAAUUCUAUAUUGAUGCCAUUGAUCCUUUGUAUUUGUGAACAAUUAAAGUAUUGGAAAACAGAAACAAAGCAUCAAUAUGAUUUAAUGAUGAACAAACAUGGAUCUAUUUCUCCAAAUUCAUCACAAACUAUUGAUGAUCAUGCAAUGUCCGAUUGGGAUAUUAUCACAUUGUUUAAUGGAUUUGAAGAGAUUGUAAAAGACUGUUUAAAUAAGCAUACAACUGAAGACGGCGAUAUUACACCACAUGGAACUAAGUCCUAUGAUACGACGCUUGGUAUUCCUACGCUGACUGGCUAUGUAACGGGCGUUUUCGCAUCCGACUCUGGGGUUAAUGAGAUACCAGCAUCAGAACAACCAAAGCCUCGAGAUUAUAUACUUUAUAACGUUUUCCCAAAUAUUGUGGCUAUCAUUCUAGAUAUGUGGACCGUAUUCAAAGAUGCAUAUUCUUCGAAUCAACCAAUAAAGGCCGGAAUUAGUCCAUUUGAUAUAUCACUUGCGCAUACAGAGACGCGGGUAAAGAGUCGAAUCAAGGAAUUGCUAGAUGUGCUUUACAAAAAGUCCCACGCAGAACUCGUUGAAGCCUUUGUCGAACUUUGGUACAUCGAAAAUCCUGACAUUACUGCUGCUGUUUCAGAGCAGGCAACAUCGAAAGGACGUAAUAGUACCGUUAUUGAAGUCCUUAAGGAUAUUCCUGGCUCUUCUAUCCCAAAAAUCAUAAACACACUUUUGAUCAACGCUCGUGGUCGAUCACUUGGUGUUCAGACGCCAAAAGUCAGAAAACCCGGCUCUAAAGCCAAUAAAUUAACAGAUGUAAUGGUUCUACGUUUUAUAGAGGCCUAUUGUGAUUCUUUAGAAGGGCUUGAACCAUUAGUUAAAGUUUGGCCUCAAUGCAUAUCAUACGUAAAAGAUCAUUUUGCGCAGGCAACAACUUAUAAAUAUUUGUUUCCCAAUAUUUUGAGAUUCAUGCAUGGUUUGGCUGACAAACUAUGCACAACCGAUUAUUUUGAUGAUAAGAAAGUGAGGAAAGACAUGCAGGAUGUAUAUCAACGUGUUUUGGAUUAUUGUAUUUUGAUAUCUGGGCGCUCAUUUGAUCAAGGAUUGUGGAUUAGGCGUUCUACACCUCUUCCAGAAGGCGAAGAUGAGAACGGUGAAGAAAAUGAUGAAAAUGAGGCCGAAAAGAGUCGCACUACUGUUCCUAUGCAGGAAGAGAAAAAAGCACCACAUAAAUCAAAAGAAGAAAUUUUGAUUGACCAGACAAAUCAAUAUCUUGCCAAUAUUGUGAUACCAAACAUUAGGCGACUGUUAGCUGAUCAUGAUAAGAUUGUUGCCAUACUAACAAACCUCAUGUACUAUGUAAUAGCACCUUCUUUGAAAAAUCGCACCAACGCUGGUAUUAAUCCAAUAGUGCUUGACCUUCUAUGUGAGACUUCAAAGAUAUCUUUCGCAUACCGAGUUUGGCGCAAAGAAGCAUGGGAUGUUUUUAUAGACAAUCGAUUUUUUAAUAUGGCACCUACUGCGGCUAAGAAAUGGCGUAUUAUAAUGCAAACGAUAAUGACGUCAGAAAAGGAAAGAUUCACUGAAGUCUUGACUCGAAUAACGACUACACCUGCCAACGCGUUGUUUGUCAAUAAAGAACAAGAGGCAUUAAAUCGGGCAUUGAAUCUCAGGAGACUUUCAUUCAUUAUAUAUUGCGGCAAAGUAGAUCAUUAUUUGUCGCAACUUCCCAAUAUCCAUGAAAAAUUGGUCGAAUUAUUUAAAUUAGGAUUUACCGAAAUAGUUCACGCUGAAAUUUAUUUAUGUCUUCGAAUAUUGAUGUGCAGACUUCCGAAUCAACGUUUAUCGAGUUUUUGGCCGGUUAUCCUUACCGAGCUACUUCGCCUUUGUGGAACAUAUCUUUCCACAGAAACUCCAUUCAAAGAAGGUUCCAAGGAAGCCACAGAUAUUGCUAACGUGUUUUUGGCUGCAUGCAAAUUUUUGGAUUUGUUAUUUGUGUUACAAACCAACAGUUUUCAAUCACAUGAGUGGAUGUUCAUCUCAAACACAAUCAAUGUGGUAAGGCAUUCCCUUGAAUACUCGCCUUAUGCACUUCUGGACAAGUUGGCAGAUCACUUAUCCGGUCAUGAAGAUUUAACGAAACUGCAGUUGGACAAUUUAUCAAGUAACCAGGUUAUAUCAGGGACGCAUACAAUUUCACCUGAAGGAAAAAAACGUCCAAUGCUGACAUUACAUAGUAUAACUAACAUCAAACAGUUAGAAUUCUUUUUAAGAAAUAUUAGCUUGUACGUUUAUCAUUCAACUUAUACGCUUGCAGAACCGGAUAUAUCAUAUAUUGAAAUUUUAUUAGAAAGUGAUUUGUUGGAAUACAGUGGUGGGCUUGAAGCUGGAAAUCAAGAUGUGGAUAGUGAUGUAUCUUAA